CUCGUCCUUCAUCACCUCGAGAUACAAUCACAGCACACAUACACGUAGCACGCCGAACCUGAAAGAGCAAGGACAACACAACAUGGGCUUCCGAGAUUCGUUCAAAGAGUUACAAAACAAGGCUCAACAAGCCAUGAAUGGGGGCAACGCACCGCCGAUUCCUUGGGGUAGCAAGCCUGGCAGCAAUGUCGCCGGAGCAGCACAAGCAACACCCUACUGGCAGCCCCAGUGCGCACCACAUGUUCCGGUCUCAGAGCACUUCAAGCAUGAGCAAGGAAACUGGGGUUGGGGCAACAAUGAGGCCCAAAACUACGUCGACGACCAGGCGAACUCUUUCCACACACCCGACGGCGCGCUUAUCGUGCACGCCAUUAUUCAGCAUGGCCACCCCCAAGAUGACCGCAAAUUCACCUCUGCGCGUCUGUCUUCGCAUCAGACACUCGCUCGCUGCAGAGGUAGCUUGUCUGCUCGGGUAACGGCUCCUGUGGCUGCUGGUAUCUGGCCUGCGUUUUGGCUGUUGCCUGCCGAUCCUUUCCAAUGGCCUAACGACGGCGAGAUGGAUAUCUUCGAGGCCUGGAACGGAGACAAGACAAAUCAUACUUGUAUGCACUGGGGCCACUUCAACGGCGAGGAUCAUGACAAGCACCGUGUCGUCGAGACACCGAUCCCGCAUAUCGAUAGCCCACAUGGCAUCCGCUUCGACUUUGCCUGGGAUGAGGAUGAAGGUAACGGAAAUGGCAGAAUGGUAUGGUACAUUGAUGGCAAGCCGGUUAUGAAGGCCAGCAAGCCCCCUGGCACGCGACCCAUGAAGGACUUCAGAAUCUUGAUCAACAUCGCUGUCGGCGGCAACGUCUGUCAAGGAACCAUGCCUCACGACGGUACCUAUGAAUUCGUGAUUAGAGACCUGGCCAUGUGGGACGCUCCACCUGGCGGAUGGGACAAGUUCUCCAAGGACUGGAGGAAUACCAAGGAGGGCCAUGGCAUGUGAUUUACCUCAACACAUGAUUACACACGGAGUAGAUGUGGGAUGAAGUACAAGUCUUUAAAAUACACAUACGCUACACCUGGAAUCAACUUAUUCACUGUCAUGGAAGAUGC